CUUUCCUCGAUUUCCUUUCAUCUCUUGCCUCGCUUCGUUCUCAGUCUUAGCCUGAUUCCGAUCGCUCGCUUCGCUUCCCCGGAGCCUCCGCGUCCUCCGAAUUCUCAUCCGCCUCCAGGCUCUGCCCCUUUCUCGUCAUCCCACUACUUCCCUGAGGCGCACAGCAGGCGCCGGCCCGGCGGCGGGUGGUGCGACAUCUGCUCCGUGCGUAGAGGGUGUUCGACGGAAUGAUCCGCCGAGAGAGGAUGUAAUUUGCUAGCAGAAGGUGCACCAGCUUGUGAUGAGUAUCAGUGUAUCACAUGGUUGUUACAAUGUCUUAACUUGCUGUUUCUUUCAGCAACACCAUUCAAUGGUCUAAUAAGUUUUUGAAGCUUGAAGGUGAACAAACAAGCUGAAACAUUCUUAGUUAAGUCUGCACAAAACAUGAUGUGCUCAAUCUGCAGAAAAUAUGAUGCGCUCUUAGCAACAGACAAGGAUCCAAAUGAUUCUCCUUUUGCGAGUAACGAAUUCCAUUGGUGAAGCUUGCCUUCAAGUAAAACCUGAGAGCUUGCGGACAGCGGGCUUUGCUUGGAUGGGCAUUUGGUUCAACCGUCAUGCUAUAAGUCAGUGUGCCAGAUCUCUUAUUGCUGUAUGCUCGGAACUUCAUUUUGGUGCUCGUUCUUUUUGUAACAAGCUCAACGAUGGAAUUGCGCCAAAGGAUAAAAGGCUUGUUAGGUUUGACAGAAAGUUGAUUGACAUGUUUGCACUGCAUGCACUUUUGCAACUGUGUGCAAAGAGGAGGUGCCUCUUGAUUGGGAAGGGGUGCCAUGGUUUAGCCAUCCAUUUGGGUUUGGCAAGUGAUACUAUCACGUGCAAUAUUCUGAUCAACUUGUACACAAAAUGUGGCAUGAAUGAUUGCGCCCGUCAUGUUUUUGAUGCAAUGCCUUUCAGAAGCGUAGUCUCAUGGAAUACCAUGAUUGCUGGGUAUACUUGCAAUGGAGAUGAUUUACAAGCUCUGAAGCUUUUUUCAAAGAUGCACCAAGAAGGGCAACAUAUGAGUGAAUUUACCUUAUCCAGCACCCUCCGUGCGUGUGCUGCAAAAUUUGCAACCAUAGAAUGCAAACAAUUGCACACUAUCGCCAUCAAGCUUGCAUUUGACUCAAAUAGUUUUGUUGGAACUGCAGUUCUUGAUGUUUAUGCAAAGUGUAAUAUGAUUAAUGACGCGUGCUUGGUUUUUGAGAAAAUUUCUGAGAAAACUGCAGUUACAUGGAGUACAUUCUUUGCAGGACUCGUGCAAAAUGGUCUUCAUGAAGAUGCAUUGCGUUUAUUCCAGAGUUCACAAAGGGAAGGAGUGCAAUUGACUGAAUUUACUCUUUCUGCUAUCCUCAGUACAUGUGCAAGCUUAGCAUUGAUGAUUGAAGGAAUACAGCUGCACGCAGUUAUUUUCAAGUAUGGUUUUCAUAGUAAUUUAUUUGUGGCAUCAUCCCUUGUGGAUAUCUAUGCAAGGUGUGGGCAGAUUGAGGAAGCAUAUCUAAUAUUUGUUGAUAUGAAACACAAGAAUGUCGUUGUGUGGAAUGCAAUGAUCACUAGUUUUACUAGGCAUGGCAAUUUUUGGGAAGCAAUGAUUCUCUUUGAGAAAAUGCAUCAGUCAGGGAUAUCUCCAAAUGAAGUUACUUACCUCUCCAUGUUGUCAGUGUGUGGUCAUGCAGGUUUAGUUGAAGAGGCCCGCUGCUACUUCAGCCUGCUAAUUUCUGAUCAGAGUGUCAAACCUAAUGUCGUUCACUAUUCUUGCAUGGUUGAUGUUUUGGGGCGAUCUGGGAAGACUGAUGAGGCUUGGGAACUGAUUCAACAAAUGCCAUUUGAGCCAACUGCUUCUAUGUGGGGAUCUUUGCUUGGAUCGUGCCGUAAGUACAGAAAUAUCGGAUUAGCCAGAAUAGCAGCUGAACAGCUAUUCAAACUGGAACCAGAAAAUGGAGGGAACCAUGCUUUGCUUUCAGAUGUAUAUGCGGCCGGUGGAAGCUGGGAGAAUGCUGUGUUGGCUAGGAAGCAUCUGAACAAUCGUGGUGCAAAGAAAGACGUGGGCUCAAGUUGGAUCUACACAAAGGAGCUGUACAUGGAAAGUGGAUGCACGAUUUGUUGAGUUUAGAGAAAGGGCUCUUUCAUAAAAAUGUGCAUGGGAGGAGGAUUUCUUCUAUUCCUGAAUAUUCAUGUCUUCCUCAUUAUCUUACAGUUCAUAGUGAACUCUCAAAGUGGCUACUUGCAGCUUGCGCAGUCUUUACACUGAUGUGCUCUCAUACCCUAUUAGGUGACCUAAGGAGGUGAAAUGCCAUUGCACAUCCACCACCUUGCUUGGGUUGUCCCUUGAGGUGAAAGCAUUGGUUUGAUUUGUUGUAUGAAGUAGACAGGUAGAGUAAAAAGCAUUGAAACAAUUGACUACAUCAGCUUUCGCCUUAGGCCAUUUACAGUUAUCUUUCUUUUACUUUUUUUAGUUAUCAUUUUGUACCUUUUUCCUUAGGGCCUGUUUGUUAGGAUGGAAUUGGCUGGAAUUGGAAUUAAUUUCCAAAGUCAUCUUGUUUGGUUGCUCCCGGAAUUGGAAAGAGGGAUUCCUCAGGAUUCCAACUCUAUCUACCGCACAUUCCGACCCUAAAAAGAGGAAAUCGUUUCCUCGGUCCCGAGUCCCGACCGCGACUAUUCCUCUUUCCCCCCGCGCGCGCCGCCCCGACUCCUUCCCCUUGCGCCGCCGCCCACUUCCUCCGCCGCCCCCUCCUCCACUUCUCCGCCGCCCCCUCCUCCACUUCCUCCAU